GUGAGAGUGAGGAGGAGCAGGGGAGGAGGCAGAUCCAGAGGAGGGAAGGUGCCCGGUGCUGUUGCUGCGGGGUGACGGAGCGCGAAGGAGGAUGCGAUUUCUGAACUCCUGAGCUCUGAGCUGCCACCGGCUUCUCCAACACAGGGGGACACUGCAUCCCCGCCUCCCGCGGCUUCAGCCUGCCUGCAGGGACUUGAGUGCUGUCCGCAGGAAUACAUGUCUGUAUAGAUGCAUUCUUGUCACACCUUUCAAUGCAAGGAGAUUGCAGAGCCGAGCGGCUGGUGGGCAUGAAGGGGAACAGCUGAUCUGCAGCAGACGACCAUGGUGUUCUGAGGCUGACGCGACUCUCCUGGGCCUCCCCGGCGCAGUCUGUCCGUGCUUUUGCUGAAGAGGUUGUGAAGGAAACUUUGCAUUAUUGCGCUCUUGCUGGGGUAGACUGAGAUGGCGGACCCAGCCGAAUGCAGCAUCAAAGUGAUGUGCCGAUUCCGGCCGUUAAAUGCAGCCGAGAUCGUAAGGGGCGACAAGUACAUCCCCAAAUUUAAGGACGAUGACACGGUCGUUAUAGGGGGCAAGCCGUAUGUCUUUGACAGAGUCCUCCCUCCCAACACGGUUCAGGAGAACGUGUACAACGCCUGUGCCAAGCAGAUCGUUAAAGAUGUUCUUGGGGGCUACAAUGGGACCAUCUUUGCGUACGGGCAGACCUCCUCAGGAAAGACACACACAAUGGAGGGGAAGCUGCACGACCCUCAGCUCAUGGGGAUCAUCCCCAGGAUCGCACACGACAUCUUCGAUCACAUCUACUCCAUGGACGAAAACCUGGAGUUUCACAUCAAGGUGUCUUACUUUGAAAUUUACUUGGACAAGAUAAGAGAUUUGCUAGAUGUUUCCAAGACCAACCUCGCUGUGCAUGAGGACAAAAACAGAGUUCCCUACGUGAAGGGCUGCACAGAGAGGUUUGUGUCCAGUCCUGAGGAGGUGAUGGAUGUCAUCGAUGAGGGCAAAGCUAACCGUCAUGUUGCUGUUACCAAUAUGAAUGAGCACAGCUCCCGGAGCCACAGCAUCUUCUUGAUUAACAUCAAACAAGAAAACGUGGAGACAGAGAAGAAGCUGUCUGGGAAGCUGUACCUGGUGGACUUGGCUGGCAGUGAAAAGGUCAGCAAAACUGGAGCAGAAGGAGCUGUAUUAGAUGAAGCUAAAAAUAUCAAUAAGUCUCUGUCAGCGCUGGGGAAUGUCAUCUCGGCACUCGCAGAGGGAACUAAAACCCAUGUUCCGUACAGAGACAGCAAGAUGACCAGAAUCCUGCAGGACUCGCUGGGAGGCAACUGCAGAACCACCAUUAUCAUCUGCUGCUCCCCCUCGGUCUUCAACGAGGCUGAGACAAAGUCCACCCUGAUGUUUGGGCAGAGGGCCAAGACCAUCAAGAACACGGUGUCCCUCAACCUGGAGCUCACGGCCGAGGAGUGGAAGAAGAAGUACGAGAAGGAGAAGGAGAAGAACAAGAGUCUGAAGGCUGUGAUCCAGCGCCUGGAGACGGAGCUCAGCCGCUGGAGGAACGGUGAAGCCGUCCCCGAAGAUGAGCAGCUCAGCGAGAGGGAGCAGAAGAGCUUGGAGACGUGCGACAACACGCCCAUCAUCGACAACCUGGCUCCGUCCAUCGCCCUCGUCUCCACGGAGGAGAAGAGGAAGUACGAGGAGGAGAUCAGCAAGCUGUACAAACAGCUGGACGACAAGGAUGAUGAGAUUAAUCAGCAGAGCCAGCUAGCUGAGAAACUGAAACAACAGAUGCUGGACCAGGAGGAGGUGAGGUGGGAGCGGCUGUUAAUCCCGUUAACCGUCUUGUCAGUGAAAACGGGGGUUUCUAAGAGCUGUCUUCUGAAGAACAGUAAAAUAUUCAGCACAGCGCCUUCCAAAGAGAACACUAGAGGGAGAAGUGACAUAUCAGACAAAUCAUUCGGUCUUUAUAAGCAGGAGACCUGGAGGAGGCAGAACACAAGCAAACACAGUAGGCAGCAGGAGUCUGGGUGGAAGUCCAGCCUGGAGCAGAGUGUUCUCACACUGAGUGCCCUGAGGGACCCGGGUCGGACCUGUGUAACCACUGCUGUUGUUGUUUUGUUCACCGCGCCGCAGACCUCCCUGUUGUCAGUCCAGCGGGAGCUGCACCAACUGCAGGAGCUCAGUAACCACCAGAAGAAGAGAGCAGCUGAGAUCCUCAACCUCCUCAUGAAGGACCUCAACGAGAUCGGGGCCAUCAUCGGCACCAAUGACGUCAAAGGGAUGACGGAGGUGAACGGCGUCAUCGAGGAGGAGUUCACCAUGGCGCGCCUGGCCAUCAGCAAGAUGAAGUCCGAGGUGAAGUCGCUGGUGAACCGCUGCAAGCAGCUGGAGACCUCGCAGGCCGACACCAGCCGCAAGAUGCAGGUCAACGAGAAGGAGCUGGCCUCCUGUCAGCUGCUCAUCUCCCAGCACCAAGCCAAGAUCAAGUCCCUGACGGAUUACAUGCAGAACGUGGAGCAGAAGAAGAGGCAGCUGGAGGAGACGCAGGACGCGCUGACCGAGGAGCUGACGAAGCUGCAGGCCCAGGAGAAAAUGCAUGAAGUCUCGGUGAUGGACAAAGAGAAGAAACACAUGAGCAUGCUGCAGGACGCAGAGGAGAUGAAGAACACUCUGGAGCAGCAGAUGGAGAGCCACAGAGAAAGUCACCAGAAACAGCUGUCCAGGCUGCGGGAUGAAAUCGAGGAGAAGCAGAAAAUGAUUGACGAGCUGAAAGACUUGAACCAGAAGCUGCAGCUGGAGCAUAACAAGCUGCUCUCGGACUGCGAGAAGCUCAAGGAGGAGGAGCAGGAGAAGGACACGAAGCUGCAGAACCUGAUCAUCCUCAAUGAAAAACGAGAGCAAGCAAAGCAGGACCUCAAGGGUCUGGAGGAAACAGUGGCCCGAGAGCUCCAGACACUCCACAACCUUCGAAAACUUUUUGUUCAAGACCUCACAACCCGUGUCAAGAAAAGUGCCGAACUGGACUGCGAUGAUGGAGCCGGGAGUGCCGCACAGAAACAGAAGAUAUCCUUUCUUGAGAACAACCUGGAGCAGCUUACAAAGGUUCACAAACAGCUGGUUCGUGACAAUGCAGACCUGCGCUGCGAGCUUCCCAAGCUGGAGAAACGUCUGCGAGCUACAGCUGAGAGAGUCAAGGCCCUGGAGACUGCACUGAAGGAGGCCAAGGAGAACGCCAUGAGGGACCGCAAGCGCUACCAGCAGGAGGUGGACCGCAUCAAGGAGGCCGUGAGGGCCAAGAACAUGGCCCGGAGGGGCCACUCCGCGCAGAUCGCCAAGCCCAUCCGCCCAGGGCAUCACCCAGCCUCCUCACCCACAGCAGCCCACGCCCUCCGGGGAGGUGGAGGGGGGUCAUCAGGCACCAGCUACCACCACCACAACAAGUAGAGACAGAAUAGAAUCUUGAAAACACACGCACAGAAACACCUUCUCAUCAGAUCACAUUCCUUGCUUCAGAGUCUGCUGUCCUUCCUUCUACCCCAGACUGUCGGCAAGUCUUCACAGUGUCUACAGAAGCUGCAUUCCCUCUCCGCAAUCUCAAUGAGCCAUCUGACAUUGCUGAAACUGUAGGUUGUAGCCCCUCAUGAAAAGAUCAGUUCAGCCUUUUGUUCCUGAAAAAGUGUUUUUUCUCCUCUAACUUUAUCAGAAAGCAGGAAAUGAAGAAAGCUCCUUAUAUCAUUAGGCAGGUUGGUGUCUUUUAAGUCUCUCUUGUACAGUAUAUUAAAUGGGUGAUUUUCAUGUGUUUGGUCUGAUUGGGUAAGUGUGUCUAGUAAUGCUGCUGCUUAUCAGGGUGUGACUCAAGUUUGCAAAGGUAAAAACAUACAUUAAACUGGACUGGGAACUACUCUGUUCUGUUUGAUUUCUUGUUAAAUAUUGAAAGGGUUUUAUUGGUCAUAAGCGCCUGUUUGCAAACUCACUUAAAAGGAGUUGGAUUCUUUCAUACCGAAGUAGGCAACUGGUUACAAAAGCUUGGCAUUAAGAAACAAACAGCAAACAGUGUCUUUAUGUCCUUAAAUCAAGAUUAGAGGGUUAGACUGGCUCUCUGUUUUAUUGCCAGGAGGCUGGAAGAUUCCCCAGCCCAUAUUCCAGCUUGCAAGUCUGGCAGCACUUUCAAAUCCUUUAAACUCUUAGAAACCUUUUUUUAAAAUUUUAUAGUUUAUAUUUUAUCUUGGAAUUCGUUUAAAUUUUUUGUAUUAAAUUGUACAUUCACAUGUUUCUGAUAUUUUUGCUUUUGCUUUGUUUUAUGGUAAAGUGCCUUGAGAUUAUGUUAGGAAAGGCACCAUAUAAAAUAAAGAUGAUUAUUAUUUAAGCAGCUUUUUUAGACGUAAGUACAUUUGAGAACAACAAAAACAAGCAAGAAAGAGUAGAGUGGGAGAGAUUACCAUUAUUGAGGCCGUCAGUUAUCUUACAAAAAAGCUGCUCUUCAGUAACCUCUUUUUUAAAGAAAAUUACAUAAUCUGCAUAUACAGUAUUUGUCUUUUAUUAUAUUAAUAAAGAUGUCAUAUUUUUGUAUGUUUGCUUUCAAAUUAUUUUUCUUUAAAGACUUUAAUGUUGUACUUUUUGUUUAAAAAUCCCUUUUGCCUCAUUGCUAGAGAGGAGCAUAGAUCACUUUCACUGUAUUGAUUUUAAGGUUGAGUGUAAUGUUUUUAAAGAUACUGAAGAGUAUAAUUACAUCAGUCUGUGAACAUUUACUUUGGUAUACAGUACAGGGCAUGGUAAAAGACCAUAUGGACAAGCACGGACAGGUUCAGGAAACCUUGGUCCAAAGCAUGGAUGACACAGCAAAACAGAGUUAAAGUGAAGUUUCGUCAUGGUAAUGCCAUGGGAAACCACUAAUGUCAGUCAGAUUUACCACACUAAACUUUAAUAAGUUUCUAGAUGUGUCUAGAGGUUUAAGGAGGUGACUUAAGUGUUUUGCAAAAGUACUGCAGAGAAAGGACAGAAGCCCACGUAGUGAUAAUUUAGGAUGCUGUCAGCCCUGCCCUUGAGAAACCAUUCCUUUUAGGGAUUAAAGGCUCUUUGUGUUUGACCAUUCCAUCUUUCAUCGUUCAGAAAAACACACCCAGCCGGACACUUAAACUGAAAAAUGUGAGCCGAGAUCUUGGUAUGAACAGAUAAUCCUCAGAGCCUAAAACCGCAAACACACGACCGCUUGACUGGUGUUCAGGUCUUUAGAGGAGGAAAAAAAGGCUCUCGGUCUCAAUCAAAAAUAAAUCCUCUUCCACUUAAUGCAUUCUUUUACUGGAGAUGUAGGAUUUAAAAUUCUGAGACUGUGUAGGGCACUAGAAAAAUGGCAGAAGAAAAUAUGUUUUGUUUUAAUACCAGAGGAGCCAGAGGUAGUCUCCACUGAACCAAGUCACUAUUCACAGCCUUCCUGAUAGUUACAGAGUAUAGAUCCAAGUUGUCUCUUGUGCUAUGAUGCUGAUCAGCCAUUCAGUCCAUCAAGCACUGAGCUGAAAGGAGGGUUUUUUGUCACUUAGACAGUAGUUACUUGAAAAGCCUUGAGCUUCAGAAAGAAACUGGCAUGUUUCAGUCUGUAUGACAAACUGCACUUUGGAUAGCAAUUUGUCAUGUAAUGGGCCGACCUUUCCAAUAGGCACAGGCUGAUCCAGCGACACUUAAGACUAUCUUCAGUGAAGCCGUUUUGGUUCAGUGCUCCUGCACAGAUUGAAAUAGCCAGGUGAAAGAGCUGUAACGCCCUGCCAUGCUUUGCACAGAGCUGUGUCUCUUUCCUCUACGGGCUACGGAAGGGGCCUGUCUACCACAGAGCGUGCCCAGCAGGCCUGGCCUUGUGCUGCGGCCUCCAGUGUGCUCCUGUCCCCUCUGUGCGCAAGCAAUGGGGUCUGUCCAGCUCUGCCCAUCCUCAGAUCUUUGAUUGGGUUUUUGAACCUCUCUGCUACAUGGUCAGUGUUUCAUGCGUUCAAAGAAAAGGAAACUCCGGAGAUUAGCAGGCCUGGGUGUCGUACUGCCCUAGUCUAUCAGGGUUAAUAGGGUUGUUUAAUGCACUGAAGGACAAGAGUGGUAUUGACUCCAGAACGACCAAUUUGUGAGUUUCAAGAGCUUUGCUCCUCAGUUGUACUGUUACAGAGAGAAUCCCACGUACAACCCACGUACAGUAGCUACUACAUGUUCACAAGCUGUCCCAUUUUCAUUUCUUCCUGUACAGUUCAUUCUUAUUCACAAUAACAAUGACAGACUAAAUUCUAUUAGUUACAGGGAUUCAUAAGAGUGAACAAUAAAAAUAUAAACUUCAGAUAAGCAAAUUAUUCAGGGCCAUAUUAUUAUGUCAUAUUAUGAUGACAUUAUGCUUACAUAAAAACAUCUGUAAAAUUAAAAUGGUGUUUUGAUUCUAUAAUAUAUUAUUGUAAAACUGUAAUUUUGAUUUUGCAAAGACAAUGUUAAAAUGGCAACUUUUGAGGUUGCUUCAAGGACUCAGUUAAAAAUAAAAAUACUUUUUACAUGUGCAAUAGGCAAGGAGAUGGUCACAUUAAAAUCUGUGCAAAAUGUAUAUGUAUUAUAUUAUAUGAAGAAGCAGUGUUUUGUUUUUUUAUGAAAACAUUUUUAUUUUUUAGAAAUAGUUUCUGUACAAAUAAACUAAGCCAACCAUUUCUCAUAACUCUGAAUUUUUACACAAUGAGGGCUUCUCAGCGAAUCUGAUCUGUGCUGCUCUCUGUGUCUGAUCACUCCUCUUCGUGCCAUGACCGAUCUUUGGGCAAAAACUGAAAGUGGGGUCCUUUUAAAACGUCCUUUGGAAUGGUGCAACAGUAAUGAUAGUAAUGCAAUGUUGAUUUGUCAUGAUGUUUCUGAGGUUUUGUGCUGGAAGUGAGUUCUCUUUUUCUACUUUGAAAUUUGCCAGGAAAAACAAUCUACAGUUCAUUGUGUUUCUGCCUUUUCUGGGAGAAACACGACGCUAACAAAGCAAACUCUAGAAGUGUAAAGAUGCAAACAAUUCUCCAUGGUCUUUCCAGUAAUCAGCAGGCAGAUAAAAGAUGGAAUUAAAGAACAGAAUCGAAUUCCACAUUCUGUUCUUGUACAGGCUUUCUUUCUCUGUCCAGAGUAGUUUGUUUCUUCAAAACGAAUUUCAACGUGUUGUAACAUUAGUCUGUUCUCAUUUGUGAAAUGUGUGCUUGUGUGUUGCAAACAGAGGAUGGGAGGGGGGAAAUGCCAAUUCAAUUAUUUAUUCAGGCGCAAGGUCUGGUCCUUACAGACAAAUGAUGCUGUAAGGUUCUGCUUCACAGCUGAGUUUAAUAAUUAACAGGUGGAUGGCUCUCAAUCUCAAUCCCAGCUAUGGCCACGCUGUUCAGUAAAUGGGUGGACUACUGCAUGGUGUAAAAUUCCUUUUGAAUUGUCAAAAGUACUAAUAAAGUAAAAGUUCAACUUUA